AUGGUGCUCGGGGCGAUCAUCGGGGCCGCCCUGGGCGUGGCUGGCGGUUGGAUGCUCUCCGAGAAGAUCGUCAAGGCGGAGCCCACGCCGCGCAUGAAGGAGCUCUUCGACGAGCUCGACUUCGCAAAUGAGCCAAAGUCCGGCGUCCAGGACGUGGUGAUCUCGGACGUCCACGACAAGGCUCUCAAGCGCUUCCUUGCCAUGGCGCCCCUCUGGACCCGGUUCCCGGACUUCCAGCGCACGGGGUGGGUCAACACCAUCCUGGAGCGCCUCUGGCCGCACUACGCGGUGGCCAUCCGCACGCAGCUGCUCGAGAUGCUUCCGGACAUCCUCGAGCAGCAGGUGGGGAAGAUCGACUUCAUCGAGGCCAUCGCGAUCGAGGAGCUGGACCUCGGGAAGCGCGCGCCCCGGCUGGGCGGCAUGAAGGUGUACGAGUCGAACGAGGACGAGCUGGUGAUGGAGACGCCGCUCAUGUGGGGGUCGGGCAUCCACGUGCGCGCCGCGGCCACGAUCCGCGCGGGCAAGGUCUCGAUCUACGCGCCCGUCGAGGUGUCGCACCUGAUGAUCAACAGCCUGGUGCGCAUCACCUUCUCGCCGCUGGCGGAGACGAUCCCGUGCCUGGGCGCGGUGCACGUGUCGCUGCUCGAGCAGCCGUACAUCGACUUCGACGUCAAGAUCCUGGGCAACACGGACGUCAUGUCGCUCCCGUUCGUGGGGUACCUGGCGCGGCAGGCCAUCGAGGGGGUGCUGCAGGAAAUGGUCGUGUACCCGAACAGCCACUCCUCGGACAUCCUCCCGAACGGCGGGCGCGAGGAGCCCGCGCACGGCAUGCUGCACGUGGUCGUGAGGCGCGGGAAGGACCUCAAGCGCGGGAUCAACUUGGGCGCGCUGAAGCAGGACCCGUACGUGUCGAUGUGGACGCGCAAGGACCGCCGCACGCGCACGACGACGAAGCAGAACGACUCGAACCCCGUGUGGGACGAGGAGUUCUACAUCCUGGUGCACAACAAGGAGGAGGACGUGCUCACGCUGCGCAUCUGCGACGACGACUUCGGCGCCGGGCACGACGACGUGCUCGGGGAGCUGCGCGUCCCGCUGACGACCGGGGACGGCCUGAAGUGCGUCCAGGCGCCCGGCCAGUGGUUCACGCUGACGGUCGAGGCCACGAAGGGCAAGGGCAACGUGACGGUCGACAUCAAGUACAUCCCGUUCAAGCAGAAGAAGAAGACGGAAGACAAGGACGCGGUCACGAAGGGCGGGCGGACGGUGGUGUCCACGAAGGAGAUGGAGAGCGGCAAGUACGACCCGAAGGACGUGCGCGACGUGGGCGAGGACAGCCUGGCGCCGGAGGACGCCGCCGCGCUGAAGAAGGUCGCCAAGAACCGCAUGGCCCAGAUCGGCGCGGUGCUCAAGUGGGGCGCGCAGCACGGCGGGGUGCGGGACAUGCAGCGCACCAAGGGCGUACUCACGGUCAAGCUGCACUCGGCCAUUGCGCUGGACGACGCGACGGGCGGGUGCGACCCGUACGUCGUGCUGUCGCUGGUGGACCCGAACCGGCCGCGGCCGAUGCAGCAGCAGAGCAAGGUCAUCAUGAACGACCGCGAACCGCGGUUCGACGAGACGUUCGAGUUCGUGGCCGUCAGCGCGCUGUCGCAACUCAAGCUCGAGGUGUGGGACAAGACGACCGGGUCGGAGCGCGCGAAGAACCUGCUGAAGCUCAAGCUCAAGAGCAGCGGGAAGGACGUCUUCAUGGGGCGCUGCACGAUCCCCGUGAAGGACGUGUCGCGCAACGGGCGCAUCAAGGACGACUUCCCGCUGCAGGAGGUGCAGAGCGGGCGCGUGGUGGUGACGCUGACGUGGACGGAGGUGCGCGUCGACCUCGAGCGGUACGAGAAGGACAGCCUCGCGCACCCGUCGGACGAGACCCUCAAGAGGGUGGCCGAGGCGAGCCUGACCUAG